CACCCACCGAGCUCCCCCCUUGUCUUACGCUCUUGUCCUCAUUCCAUCCGGUCAAUCCCUAUGUCACGGUCUUAUAGCCAUUUACAGUGGGAUACAGACUCCCCUUUCCGCGGCCGACCGAGGACAAGUUCGCGAAACGCGUGUAGGAAUCUAGGUCCCUCGUCAGCUCGGGAUUGCACCUGUAGCUCAAUGGACGGCGACGGACCUGACGGUGACGGACUUGACGGCGACGGAAAUGACGGCAACCGUCAGCAGAACCAGUGGGUAGGCCGUUCCUUUCCGUUCUACUGUACAGUACCCAGUACAGUACAGCUAAUCGUACCGACACCUUGUGGAUUGCUGACGCGAACAGCACCGCCAAUCAGCAGAGCGGCUGGCAGUAGCCGAACUCAUCGCCGAAUAGACUGUGCCUGAGGAGUGAUUUCUUGAGGCGCCUAAAAAAUGAACUCAUCGCUGACCAGACUGUGCCAUCCUGACAGCACCAUUGAUGAGUCAUCACUCCCGAUUCCGGAUCCUGAUGAGUCAUCAACGAUUGCGGUGCGCUAGCCGACAAAGAGUGAAUCGCCAAUCUACCGUCCGCUUUAGCACCCGGACUUACGUGCACCGCACACUGUAUCGUAGCACUGUGGAUUUACGGCGACAAAGGCACAUACUGUACUUAACCGUGGCGGCGGUCAGAAGAUCCCGCGUGGCGUUCCCAUUGGGAGCGGCCGCGCUGCCGCGUGGCUUAGAUCUCCACGUGGCCGUUGCUACGCCGCACAGUACUACCGUAGUAGUGACGUGUCUCGCAGAACGUGUUUCACAUAUCCCCGCUCCUCUGUGAGCCAAACCUGCGCUGUCAAACCGAACCGUCCUUCGCGGUCGCGUCGGUUCUCCUCGUUGCUUGGAUUUUCGGAAGCCUCGAGGAAGGGGAUCUACAAUUGCGGGUUCGAUAGCGUCUGAGGUAUAAAUCCGAGAAGAUUGGUCUACUGAAACAACCACCUUCUUUCAUUAGAGUUAAUUUUGCACAGCUAGUUACUGAAUAAACUGAUUCCCUUCCCUUUACCUGCACCAACCGUCCUAUUCAGUUCUCUGCUGACUAGAACCUUCCGCUUCAUUUUUCAUAUACAAUCAAGUCAAUCAGGAGUAAGCAUCAGCGCAUCAGCGCAUCAGCGCAUCAGCGCAUCAGCGCAUCAGCGCAUCAGCGCAUCAGGCUACUCUCCCAUGGCUGCCUCUUCGCGAGUUGCCCUUCUCCGCGCCCCCUGUCUCCUCGCUGUCCUCCUCUCCCUCCUCCUCCUCACUUCUUCUGCUGCUGCUGCUCGGCGCCCUCCGCCGACCAAGGCGCAGAUCAAGGCGGAGGUGACAAGGAUGGCGAAGCGCCUGGUGCAGCGAUACCCGCAGUACUCCAAGUUCUCCAAGGACUUCAACAAAUACGUCAGCCUCGCACUGAACUCCAAGUACAACUUCUCAGCCCUUGCUGACGCAACCCUCCUCAUUCCCAGCAACACGGCUGCAGAGGCGCUUUCCAAGAAGCUUCCUCUCACCUCCAAAAACAUCCCCAAGGCCUACAACGUCUCAGCGUACCACAUCAUCGCGAAAAGAUUCACUCUGCCCAAGCUCAAGGCCAUGCGGGCCGGUCAGCCGCUGCCAACUCAGCUGCGGCAGGCUCUUUAUAAGCUGACUCCGAAGAACGGCAGUGUGGUCAUGUUUGGGACGUACCCUAGCACCAGAGCGAGGGGGGUUGUAACGAGCAGGGUGUUGAUCCCUGGCAUGUACGUCGGGCCGUACUUCAUUGCCCAUGGUGUGGACCGCGUGCUGCUCCCCCGAGGCACUCGCGUGUAAAAAGGAGCAAUGCUGUUGCUUGCUCAGCCUCAAGGAUCAGUUGUGAAGUCAGGGGGGAUAGGUGAAGCAAUGCUGGAAUACCGUAGUGCUGUUGCUGUUGUUUCUGCUGUUGCUGCUGUUAGCGUGCUGCUGCCUCCUGGCAUGUUCGUUGUGCUUCUGCCUCGAGGCUCGCGCGUGUAAAGAAAGAGGAGGGACAUGGGAUGAUGAAUAAUGCAACAGGAAUUCUGCAUGGCAUGCCGAGCCGUAAUGUUUUUCCCAUGCUGUGGUCUGUCCCCUUUCCAGGCACGCUUGUAUGAAAAGUAGAGGCAUGGAGACCAGCCCACAGAGAUGGUAUUCCCGCAAUAGAAUGGUGCAACUUACAGAAAGACUACCUUGGCCACUGUUGGGCUGAGAAAUAGCUCUUAGGAUCUUUCCAGAGACUAAGUCCAGUUGUAAAAGGAGACUUGAGUAGUGCAG